AAAUCGCAAAUAUUUUUCUAUUUUCAUUCUCUAUAUAUUCCGGCCGUUGCUUCCAUUUUCUAUCUUCAAACCAUUCCAUUUCUACUCAAACAUAAAUAAUCAUCCUAUAAAAAAUUUCAAAACUAAAACAAAUGGGUGAGAUAGAUGAGAUAAAGACUGAAAAAGAGAAUAAGAAUGAAGGCCAGAAGGCCGCAGCAGCGACGGCAGCAGCGGACGGUGGAGGAAAGAAGGACGACAGUCCGAUCACUGUGUUGAAGUUGGACCUGCAUUGUGAAGGCUGUGCCAAGAAAGUCAAACGCUCCGUUCGCCAAUUUGAAGGCGUUGAGAAUGUAAAAGCCGAUUGGGGUAGCAGUAGUUUGACAGUGACUGGAAAGGUGGACCCCGCAUGGCUCCGCGAGCGAGUUGAAUACAAGACUAAGAAGAAGGUGGAGCUGGUCUCACCUCAUCCCAAGAAGGACGCCGGCGCCGGCGCGAAGAAAUCCGAUGAGAAAUCUGAAAAAAAAAUAGAAGGCAAAAAACCAGAGGAGAAAAAGGCGGAUUAUAAAAAACCCAAAGAGCCUACGCCUAGUACAGUAGUAAUGAAGAUUAAACUGCAUUGUGAUGGAUGUGCACAUAAAAUAAAGCGGAUCAUAAAUAAGAACAUUGCAGGAGUUGAUUCUGUGUCGACAAAUUUAGAUGAGGAUUUGGUAACUGUAAAUGGGACAAUGGAUGUAAAACAUCUUACGGCUUUCUUGAAAGAUAAGCUAAACAGAAGCGUUGAUUUUGUUCCACCAAAGAAAACUGAAAACGGUGGAGACAAGAAGGGAAAAGAUGGUGGUGGAGAGAAAAACGAAGGUGGCAGCGGCAGUAGUGAGAAAAAAGAAGGUGGUGGUGGGGAAGGAAGCAAAAUCGAAAGGACAAAGGGCGAAGUAAACAAUGAGCAAAAAGAAAGUGACGGUGGGGGAGGACGCAAAAUCGAAGGGACAAAGGGCGAAGUAAACAAUGAGAAAAAACAAGCUGGCGGUGGGGAAGUAAGCAAAAUCGAAGGGACAAAGGGCGAAUUAAACAAAAUGGAAUAUCAAGCAUACAAUACCAAUACACAUUAUGCAGUUCCAACGUACCACCAAAGUUAUGUCCAUCACGACUAUAAUGUACCAAUAUACAACAACGAUCAUGUUAAUACUGGUUAUAUGGUACAAUAUUCUGAGGGCCCUCCUCCACCACCACCAACUUAUGUCAACAUGAACGAUCAAAUGUUUAGCGACGAAAACCCUAAUGGUUGCUUCAUUAUGUGAAAUGACAAUUUUGUCAUUAAGGGAGAUAGUUCGCAUUCUCAAUUGUAGAUAUGUUAUAAAAAUAGAAAUAUAUGUUAGAAAAUUAUGUUGUUUGACUUGUAUAUAUUUUGUAACUUUUUAAUAAUUUGUUGGUUAAACAUGUUAAAUAUAUUUUGCUAAUUUAAAAGGAUGUGGUAGAAAGAUUUCAGGUGGCUA